AUGCUGAAGAAGAACGAAGAAACAGAGAAGGUGGCAGAGCUGCAGGAGAUGCUGGAGAAGUCUUCUGAGGGUCAUUACAUGAUCCUGAUCUGCCCCGGCCACGCCCCCACAGACCCCGCCCCACUGGAGUGGAGGCGCAGGGAUGGGCAGGUCGUGGCCACCAAGCGCGGGCAUUUGGCCACCAGCGCUGACGUCGACAAGUACAGCCUCCUCACGGACGGGUCGCUCUACGUUAAAAACCUCCGGCCCGGAGAUUCCAGAGAUGAACAUAAAGCAACAGAACCCAUAGAAACUUACCCAGUGAGACGAGUCAGGAGAUACACCUUUGGGAGAAAGGACCCUAAAAAAAGGACCAGAACAAUCCUGAUGGUGGGAGAAUCAUUGAUACACCAGGAUUUCACGACACAAUGGAUCACAAGAAAGAUAAAAUCACCACUCAGAAUCUACAAGUUUUUUAAAUCUUUAAACAAUAUGGAACAAAUAGAUGCAGCUUGCAUUGUGGUGAAGGCAUCUGAAACUGUCUUAACGUCCGGCCAGAAAUACAUCUUUGAUACUGUCCUGUCCCUCCUUGGGAAGAACAUGGAGAAAAACAUUGUGACUCUCUUCACCUUCUCACACUGGAUGCCACCUUCAGCUCUUAAGGCAGUUAUUAAGUCUGGUGUACCUGUACCCAAAGACGAUAAUGAUGAACAUGUUUACUUUCAAUUCAACAACCUUCCUGUUGAGAAGCCUGCUAAGAAAUAUGAACAAACAUAUAAAACAUGCUGGGAUAAAGGAACAAAUAGCUUCAAGGAAUUUUUCAAAGCUUUGGACCUGAUGGAAACUGAAAGCUUGAGGGUAAUAAGAAAAGUCCUGAAGCAACGUCAGAGCCUGGAAGAUCCUAUCCAGAGAUUGGAGAGAAUCACGGAUGUGGAGGAGACGUCCAAGGAACUUGGCCAGGAACGGAAAACUCUGGAAAAGCUAAGAGAGGACAUGAAAAAAGAGAGAGUCGAGAUUAAUGGCAAAGCAACUUGCUGCACUGUAUGUGAGGUGAACUGCCACUAUCCGGGGUGCUGGUGGGUAAAUGACCUAAGCUGGUGUUCUGUAAUGAAGGAUGGCAAAAGGUCCACAUAA